CUUACCUCCACUCCUUCCACGGCGGGGCCCCCCCCUCGAAACGCCCCUCCCCCACAGCGACGCCCCUUCCUCCCCCAACCCCGGAGGGGGCUUUGGUAGGGGAGGGGCGUCCCGGGGAUGGAGGGGGGGGGCUGCCAGGAGGGGGCUGGGCCCCUCCGGCGGGUCACAGAGUUUGGGGUGACGCCCCCUGACCCCCUCAGCGCCAUGGGCCCCCCCUCGCUGCUCCUCCUCCUCUUCCUCAGCGCCACCGUGGCCCCCGCGGCCCCCCCGGACCUGGAGGAGCCCGAGGAUUAUGCGGAGUGCAGCGAUGGGUACGAGUGGGACCCCGAAACCGAGCACUGCAAAGACGUGGACGAGUGCGCGGGGGCGGGGCCGCCGCCGUGCCGGGGAUCCAUGAAGUGCCUGAACCAUUUCGGGGGGUACCUGUGCCUGCCGCGCUCGGCCGCGCUGCUCAGCCCCGGCCCCGGCCCCGGCCCCGGCCCCGGCCCCCCGGCCCCCGACGGCCGCUGCCCGCCCGGAUUCGGCCCCGCCCCCGACGGCACCUGCGCAGACGUGGACGAGUGCGCAGGGCCCCCCCCGUGCCGGCCCAGCCAGGACUGCAUCAACCUCCCGGGGGGCUUUGAGUGCCGCUGCCCCCCUGGCUACCGACACUGGCGCACCGAGUGCGUGGAUGAGGACGAGUGCCAGUUCCGCUGGUGCCAGCACAGCUGCGCCAACUCCCCUGGAGCCUUCGCCUGUCGCUGCCACCCCGGGUUCAGCCUCGGCCCUGACGGCCGCUCCUGCCUUGACGUGGACGAGUGCUCCAUGGGCGCCCGCUGCUCCCAGCACUGCCUCAACACCUUCGGCUCCUUCCGCUGCCGCUGCCGCCCCGGCUUUGCACUGGGCGCUGACGGGCACGAGUGCCACGAUGUGGACGAGUGCCAGGCGGGGGUCCCGUGCCAGCACCGCUGCCAGAAUCUCCCAGGGGGCUUUAGCUGCCUCUGCCCCCCUGGCUACGCUGAGGACAGGGGGCUGUGCCGGGAUCGGGACGAGUGCACUGAGGGCUCCCACGACUGCAGGGGGGCCCAGAGCUGCCUCAACACUUUUGGGGGGCACCUCUGUGUCCCCCGCGAGCUCUGCCGGGGACCCUACACAUCUCACCCCCGCAGCAACGGGACCUGCGUGUGCCCCGAGGGUGUCCCCGGCUGCGCCCCCCGCCCCCGUUGGCUCCUCCAUCGUUUCCUGGCCAUUCCCCAAAUUCCCGAUGUUCCCACUGGGAUUUUCCAGCUCCAGCACCCCCCGGGGGACCCCCAAAGGCUGCGGCUGCGGGGAGGCCCCCCUGGCACCUUUCGCCUGCGGGCGCUGACCAAUCACAGCUCGCUGCUGGAGCUCACGCGCCCCCUGGCGGGCCCGCGGCAGCUGCUGCUGGAGCUGGAGCUCCUCCCACGCGGGCCCCGCCCCCCGCCCGCCGAGACCACGCCCACCAGCGCUUGGGACCCGCCCCCUCCGCGUGGGCGCGGCCUGGCCUUGCUCCGCCUCCACCUGGCAGUAGGGGCCCACCCAUUCUAGGGGGUGAAACUCCCAAACUCCCCCCAGGACCCCCAAAACUCCACCGGGAACCCCCAAAACACCUCCGGGAGCCCCAACUGUGCCCUGGGGCCUCCAAACCCACCUGGGACUCCCCAACCCCCCCUGGGACCUCCGAUUUCCCCCAGGUCUUUUCCAGGACCCCCUGAAGAACCCUCUGGGACCCUCCAAGGACCCCAAGCCCCCCCCCCGGGCCUGCCCCAAACCAUCCCUGGGACAGCCCUCACCCUACCUGGGAUCCCAAAAUUUCUCCCUUGGGAGCCCCAGCUUCCCCCAAAGGAUCCCCCAAACCAUCCCCAUGACCCCCCAAAGAAACCCCCGGGACCCCCAGUGUGGGGGCAAACAAUGAGCGUCUUAGUGCUGA